AUGGCCACUGUUCAGCAGCUGGUAGGAAGAUGGCGCUUAGUGGAGAGCAAAGGCUUUGACGAAUACAUGAAGGAAGUAGGAGUGGGGAUGGCUCUGCGAAAAGUGGGUGCGAUGGCCAAACCAGACUGUAUCAUCACUUCUGAUGGCAAAAACCUCAGUAUAAAAACUGAGAGCACUUUGAAAACAACACAGUUUUCCUGUAAACUGGGAGAGAAGUUCGAAGAGACCACAGCUGAUGGCAGAAAGACUCAGACUGUCUGCAACUUUACAGAUGGCGCAUUGGUUCAACAUCAGGAAUGGGAUGGAAAGGAAAGCACAAUAACAAGAAAACUGGAAGAUGGGAAAUUAGUGGUGGUAUGCGUCAUGAACAAUGUUACCUGUACUCGGGUCUAUGAAAAAGUAGAAUAA